GUUACGCCACUGUUUCAAUGUAAUAUGUACCAGAAGUGACAGAGAUUUACUAAUCACGUAUCUUGUUGCAAGAAUUUUCUAAACAUUUUCGAAUUUAGGAACCAUAACAAACGUUAAAAUUCGUAGAAAUAUUUGAGAAUUGACGAACCCAUCGAUUACCUGCAAAAAAGGUUGGAGUCUACAUUAUUCUCGGGGGUAGGUUCUGACACCGUUGGUUCUGACGAUAUUAUACCAAAUAACCAUAAAUAUAAUAUUCUUUGGCUGCAGUAUCCAUCCACCAUCCCUCACUGAUGGACUCUAACCCCUCCCUCAGUUCUGAAAGUGCAGCGUUCGAGUGAGGACGAGCAAGAUUCGAAAUGUGUAUAAUGGCCAAAUUAGAACUCUACAUUUAUUUGAUGUCCUUCUUGAUAUAUGGAUACGCUACUCUCCAAUCAUUACUGUUGCUUUCUAUGGUAGUUACUUUUGGAUGUUUCUGUUACUGUUUCGUAAAACGAAUACUUCACUGGCAAUGGCUUGGUGUCAGGCAAACUUUUCCCAUAUAUAUUUCGGGAAACAACCGGGAAUUCCAAAUUGAGAAACAAAAUUAUCCGGACCUAAUUAUCAGAAGCUACAACCAAUGUCGGGACGCAAGAUUCCGUAGAAUAUGUUUCGAAUAAUCACAUGGAACGUCAUUUUUACAAUUUCGUUCUCACACACAAAGGGAAAUUGUGCAGGAGGUGAUAUUUUUGAAAAAGAUGCAUUUUUCAAUGGAUACCACAUAGAAAAACCCAGUUCCGGUGCUUUUCAGUAUUUUUCAAAUCCAUUGAAGAACAGUGGUGGAAGUUUCAAUAUUCCAUAUCAAUAUCCGUUCAUUAACAACCAGCUUGACACAUUUACCCCAACAAACGUGAGGCCACCUGGAUGUGGAACGCCCCCAGAGUCCUGUUCAGAUACAAAAUAUAGAUCAUAUGACGGUUCCUGUAAUAAUUUGAAAAAUCCAGUCUCAGGAACUCCCAAUACUCCAUACAACAGGUUAUUACCAGCCAAUUAUGAAGACAGAAUCAGCAACCCACGUCUUGCCAAAAGUGGUAGAGAUCUUCCUCUGGCACGAUCUGUGAGUCUUCUUCUUUACCCCGACAUUCCCGUGGAAGAUCCGUUGUUCACGUUACUUGCAAUGCAGUUUGGUCAAAUUAUAACCCACGAUAUGAGUAUGACUGCUGGUGUCCCACAAACUGGAAUCAGCAACCCACGUCUUGCCAAAAGUGGUAGGGAUCUUCCUCUGGCACGAUCUGUGAGUCUUCUUCUUUACCCCGACAUUCCCGUGGAAGAUCCGUUGUUCACGUUACUUGCAAUGCAGUUUGGUCAAAUUAUAACCCACGAUAUGAGUAUGACUGCUGGUGUCCCACAAACUGAGCAUUACAAGGCAAGAUGUUGUUCACCAGAUGGACAACUCUUAGAAUUAGCCAAUGUACCAGAACACUGUUUUCCAAUAAUUGUGCCAUAUAAUGACCCAUAUCAUUCUCGUAAUGGAACCAGGUGCAUGAGUUUUGACAGAACUAUAACCAACAGGGACAGAAGAUGUGUGGGUGGUUCUGAACCAGCUGAACAGCUGACAUCGGUCAAUCACUAUUUGGAUCUGUCCAUUGUUUACGGUAAAGAUGAUGAGGAAAAUCAUCAACUGAGAAAUUUUGAAGGAGGUCGUCUGAGAGUGGAAAAGAGAGAAGGUCACCAGUGGCCUCCCAGGGCCGUGAACGCAUCUGGAACUUGCCGUUUGAAGAAACCAAGAGAUGCUUGUUAUCUCGCUGGUGACACCAGAGUCAAUCAAAAUCCCCAACUGACGCUUCUCCAAAUCGUCCUCCUCAGAGAACACAACAGAAUAGCCGACGUUCUUUCCAAGUACAAUCCCCACUGGAAUGACGAGACCACCUUUCAAGAGGCAAGAAAAAUCAACAUCGCCCAGUACCAGCAUAUUUCAUAUUAUGAGUGGCUUCCAAAUUUCAUAGGUUGGGAAAAUUCUUUAAAAAACAGAAUAAUAUGGAACACCCAAGACUUCGUGACUGAUUAUGAUGAGAACAUCGAUCCAAGGGCGUUGAAUGAACAUUCCAAUGGAGCAUUUAGGCAUUUUCAUUCGCUGAUAGCUGGUCAGUUGCAUUUGGUUCACGAAAAGAGAUAUUCACAAGGAAGUGUCCGUUUAUCUGAUUGGCUGGUUGAUCCCGAGAUUGUGGAAAACAAAUUCGAUGAGUUAACACGUGGUCUAACCACUCAACUUCAAUUUGCAUCUGAUCAGUAUCAUGAUAGCGAAAAUGUGGAAAAACUAGCCUCUUUGUAUGAAACUCCUGAUGACGUGGAUCUGAUUGUCGGUGGUUCCUUAGAGAAAAAUGUUCCAGGGACACUCGCUGGGCCAACUUUUCUCGGAAUACUCACAGAACAAUUUUAUAGAACUCGUACUGGAGACAGGUUUUGGUACGAGAAUCGCAACGAAAACACUGGUUUCACGUUGCAGCAACUCCAACAAAUUCGUAAAGCUAGCAUAUCGAGAUUACUGUGCGAUAAUGGACAUCAACUGGAAACUAUGCAACAAAGAGGUUUUGAGCGAAUAUCUGAGAGGGCCGAUAAGAAUGUGGAAAAACUAGCCUCUUUGUAUGAAACUCCUGAUGACGUGGAUCUGAUUGUCGGUGGUUCCUUAGAGAAAAAUGUUCCAGGGACACUCGCUGGGCCAACUUUUCUCGGAAUACUCACAGAACAAUUUUAUAGAACUCGUACUGGAGACAGGUUCUGGUACGAGAAUCGCAACGAAAACACUGGUUUCACGUUGCAGCAACUCCAACAAAUUCGUAAAGCUAGCAUAUCGAGAUUACUGUGCGAUAAUGGACAUCAACUGGAAACUAUGCAACAAAGAGGUUUUGAGCGAAUAUCUGAGAGAAAUCCACUUGUGAGAUGCGACACCCUGCCUUCAAUCGAUCUAUCUCUAUGGAGAGAACAGCAAUUCAACCCUGGAGGUAUUCCUUUCAUGCAGCCAAGAAAUUUCAUCUAUUGAAGUGAAUAUCAAUCUGAACUCCCUUAUCUAUUUGGAAUAGAAUUCAGGGAGAUGAAAAAUGUUAUACAGUGCUGAGGUGAUUAUUCCACCCCUUUUAACUUUUGAAAAGGACAAGUUUCCAAAGUUGAACAAAAUUAACUUGAAAUUGUUUCAUUUUCAGUACUUUUUCAUACAAACCACAAUAGUACUUCUUUGGGGUCCUAUGAUAUUUCAUUAGAUGGUAUUUCAAUUAUAUAUUCAACAUUUUCUCAUUUUUUGAAAUCAGGUCAGCCAAUCUUGAGUGAUUAGCAGUUUCGUUUCGAAGAUCUGCAAAUAUACGAUGAAUAUUAUUUGAAAAAAUGAAUAUUUUCAAAAUGUUCAUCUACUUUCUGACAAUAAUGAAGUUUGUAUCUAAAUAUACGAAUUCAUUUCUCUUAUUAUGGAAUGUUUCUAAAAUUAUUUCGUUAGGAUCACAUCCUUCAGAUAUCACAAAUACUCAUAGAAAAUUCAAAAGUGUCAUAUCAGGUGAUCUACCGGGUCAUUCUAGGGGGCCUAUUCUUCGGUUUGGAUAAUUGACAUACAGUCAUCGCCAAACCGAUCUUACCUUGAUGAAACGUAACAUCAGUUGAAAACUCACUUGGGUUGGACUUCCACGGCCGGAGUAAUGAUUGAAGAGAAUAAAAUCUGGGAUGAUAGGGAAUGGUCGAGUGGAAAUGAAAGUACCAAAAAUUUCAUCUGCUAAAUUUUAUCUGCUAGUGUGACAGACAUAAGCUGUAGAAUGUGCAAGAUGUAACGUGCGUCCUCGCAGUCAAUGCAUAAACUAACGUUGAUGUAUGUCGCAGUACCAGACGAAAGGUUUGUUACUACAAGUUCCGUUCUAUCAUGACCUAUCAGCCUGGAUUUGAUUCUCUUAAUCAUUUGGGUUUGUCGAUACGAGGCCUCUAGAUGUUUUUGAGGAGAUGUAUGAUAUGUGAAGCCGCAGUUAAUUUUCAGAACUCGUGGAUAGGAGGUGCUUACACCAUGAACAUUGCAUAUUGUAGGAAAUAAAUUUGUAAACAGACUUCAUUAUUAUUAGGAAGCGAUUGAUAUACAUUCUGAACAUUCUUUGGAAUGAACUGAAGAAAUUUUAGAAAACACCUAUCGAUCGGGAUACCACAAGACUCCUCUUUCAAUUUGAUAAUAAAAGCUGGACUUCAAUAUCUCGUUCGGAAGUCAAGAAGGGGGUAGACUAUUCACGUCAUCACUAUAUAGAUUUUAUCUUUCAAAUGGGCUGUUUUUCGUAUUUUAUUGUUAUCACUGAGUUUGCUAUAAUUGUUAUUGUUAUAUUUUUAAUAAAACAUAUUUUUGAUACACUA